AAGAACACAAACACACAGUUUAAUACAAAACCUAUAAUAAAUUUAAAAGAUGAAUGCCACAAAGUUUUCUGUGCUUCUCGUGAUUGGCGUUCUGUUUGCCAUUGUCACCGCAAGGCCGGUCGAAAAAGUCUCCAAAGAGACCAAAUUAGGGACAUCUAUGUCAAAAACUGCUAGCAAAGGCAUUGGAGCUGAGCUUUCUGUUGUGGCCGGAACUAGAAGCGACAGUAGUGGCUUUAGCUAUGCUAGUGCUACUAGGAGUCCCAAAGGUCCACGCGCCGAUUCAUACGGAAGUGGCUACACAGGUACCAGCGGAGCUGUCUCUGCUCAGGGUCGCAACGCAGACGCUGCUUCUUCCAGUGGUUCUAGCGCUCAAGGCAAUGCUGCAGCUGCAGCAAAUCGCAAUGGUGCUGCUGCCCGUGGAGACGGUUCCGCAGGUUCGGCUUCCACUGCGAGGGGCCGCACCACCGACAAGAAGAAGAAGAAGAAGAAGAAGAAGAAGAAGAAGAAGAAGAAGGACGGCAAAGAUAAAAAGAACUGAGCUUGAGGUGAUCUCAUCAUGCUUAUUGCUCAAACCUCUCUUUAUAUAUAUUCUACAAACUCACAAUCUCUUUUGUAUUCAUAAAUAAAACCAGAGAUUGUCACCUUUAAUUAUUAUCAAAUUAAUGCUACUCUUCUGUGUAA